GUUAAAUUGUUAGCGAAAAUUUAUAAAAUUAAUAAAUUGUAAACUUGACGAGAUGUAUCUGUGACAUUCAUGUUAAAAAUGAUAAAGCAAAGAGGAACUGAAACUCGACACCGGCCUAUGUAUGGCGGGAAAAACUGUAAGCUUCAAUACACAUUGCAAUCUAUACGAAUGCCAGUUAGAAUCAAUAGCGAAAUGGCUGAGCUGCAACGGGGAGGUUUGGGGGAUGGGCCCGACAAUAGUGUUCGCGAGCGCCGCAGCACUUUUCCUCUACAACGAGCUGCAGGCGACCGUCUUCAUAGCUGGCGACCACGCGCACGUCUCGCUGCUAGAGAAGACCCUCGUUUCAUCCAUGAUCGUCGGAAUGUUGGCCCUGAUGGUCCACCUCUGGGUGUGCUCGAUGCGCUUCUUUCAAUACUACCUGGACACCCUUAUUAAGGACAGUCCCAGCAUGCUGUUAGAGUUGACGACGGCUGGAUUACUGGGUCAAACAGAAAUGGUGCCGCUUGGUCCACUAACCAGGUUCUUGAAGCAGCAGCAGCCUCAAAUCCAUAUAACAGUCUGCUGGUUCCUCUCUCUCUGCUACGCGGAUUACGUGAGGAAACAUUACUGCCAGAGGUUCAAUAUGCCUUACCUGGAGCAGUGGCAAGCCGAAUUGCACGAGCGCGCAACUCGCGGCGUCAACAGCACCAUCGAGAAGGUGAACAGUAUGGUGUACGCAGCGCGCCGCCGCCUGCGCGGAUACACACACACCCCGACCAGUGACGCGCACACUGAGAGCGUAUGCUCGAAGCGGCCGUCGGUGGAGGUCGGCGGGGUCCAGAAGCGAGACUCACGGUGCACGCCCCUCGUCUGUCAGCCCAGUCAAGCCACGGCCGAAGCUAUUGAGAAGCUCAGAACGUAUAUUGCGGAAACACGAUGUUGCUGCAGCAGUGCGUCGGACGCCCGCGAAUGUGUUUCUUGCACUUCAAUCCGUUCAAAAAGUACAGUCUGAAUUAUCUAUUGGAUUUUAUGAAAGCAGCUA